UUGUUCGCGACUUAACAUUAUUCAAGAAAAUUGUGAUAUUAUUAAUUGUGAAGAAACUUGCACUUGGAUUUGUGAUUUGUGAAAUGACUGCUGUUUGUGUUUAUUACGAUUUACAGAAAUCAGUAUUGAGGAUGGGUUCAGCAAUAGAUGAAGAGGAUGGGAUGGUUAAGUCCCAUGGAUUAAGUAUGCUGGUAGCAGGUCUGUUCCUGGCUGGAGAGAUGGCUGGUAGUGGAGUUCUAGCUCUACCCAGUGCUAUGAUUGGAACAGGUCCUGCUGGUUUAGCUCUUAUUGUGAUAUUUGCCAUAUUUGCUGUAUUCGUUGGAACACGUCUUGGCUACUGCUGGAUUAUACUGGAGGAAAGAUAUCCAGAGUUUAGAGAACAGGUCAGAGACCCCUAUCCUGCAAUAGCUGAAAAGGCUGUUGGAAAAACAGCCAGGAUUGUUUCUCUUGUGUGUAUCAGUAUAACGCAGUACGGUACAGGAUGUGUUUAUAUUGUUAUUAUGUCGACCUUUAUUCAUAACCUGGCUGUAGCAGCAGGGUUUGAGAUGAAUCCCUGUAUAUGGAUGGUUGUGCUUGCUGUUGGUAUGUGUCCAGUCUGUUGGUUGGGAACACCUAAUGAUUUUUGGCAGAUUGCUGUGUCAGCUUUAAUAACAACAACAACAGCUUGUAUCAUCAUUAUGGUUAAAGAAUCUCUAGAUGUUCGUGACAGUACAAGCUGCUACUACACUGAACUAGGUUCAUGGGAGCCUGUGUUCCCCGCGCCAUCAGCGGAGGGGUUCUUUAAAGGUAAUUCUAGAUAUUCAAGAUCCAAAGCUCUAUUACAGUGAGAACCAGAAAACUCUGGAAAAGAAUAAGGACUUUUAUGCUCAAGUUAUGACCUAUGGACAUGAGGCACAGCAAUUGUUCCGUGUAACACAGAC